AUGUAUUCUAAAGAAAACUUCUAUUCAUCGUCACCAUCCGUUAACGAUACAACAGUUAUCGUUCCUCUUCCACCAUCAGAAACACAGCUAUCGAAACGACGUAUUAUCUUAGCAAAACUCAUCAAACAUUUUUCGUCAAGAAGAGUUUUAAUAUUUCUUGUUGUUGGUUUAGUCGUGGCCUGCAUUGAACUUGCUUAUGGUCAAAAAUAUGAGGGUCAGUGUCCCUACCGACCACAAAUCACCUUAUUUCUUACGGUCCAUGGUAUAGUCAAACUCGUAGCUUGUGUUACUAUAAUUAUCGCUUAUGCUCAAGCCAGAUUCUUAACAAAUUAUAAAUAUCUUUAUGAAUUAAUGUUAGUCAAUAUUGCAAUACAUUUAAUCUUUGGAUUAUUUUUCUUCAUAUGGUUUAUACUCGGUAACGUAUGGAUCUGGACGGUUAACAGAAGUGUAAUGCAAGGCACAGAUCCGACUCAGACUUCAACAUACUGUGAAAAUGCACUCUAUCAAGCAGCUAAACAUUUGCUUAUUGUACAUUAUAUACUUAUGGGAAUUACAAUCUUACUUAUACCUGCAACAUUCAUGUUAAAGAGAUAUAGAAGACAAGCAACAUCUCAAGCACAACAGGAAACAAUAUCAACAGCAGCGCAAAACCGUGGAUAUGAACUACAAUAA